UUUUCCAAGCAGUAGACGUUAAAAAGGCCUUCAGAUACAUGCAGAGUGGACAGCAUGUUGGCAAGAUUGUGAUCCGGAUGCCGGAAGAUUCCAAACAAUUAACCACCAGUCUAGCAGUCAAUUCAGGGCCCCCUCUCUUCUGCAGCGAAUCUUCCUAUCUGCUUGUCGGUGGACUUGGCGGUUUUGGUCGAGCCAUUUCUACCUGGACGGUGGAAAAUGGGGCUGGCCCAAUAUUUGGUCUAUCUCCUUCACUCUGCUGAGAGUUCUGCUGACAGUUCUGCCCGGAGUCAAGACCUCUUCUGUGGGCUCAAUUCCCAGGGAUGCACCGUGAAUCUAGUAACAGGAACUGUGGCAGAUAUCGCGGACGUUAGAAUAGCAGUAGACUGUCGCCCGCGGCCUAUUUCUGGAGUGUUGCACUUGUCAAUGGUGUUACAGGAUCGAGCUCUAUUGCAGAUGACUCUUGAAGAUUGGAAGGCAGCCACAAUGCCCAAGGUUACAGGAACGUGGAACCUUCAUCACGUAUUCGAGCAUCACCAGCUAGAUUUCUUCCUUCUUUUUAGCUCUCUAGUGGGACACCAAGGGUACUCGUGCCAGGCCAACUACGCCGCCGGCAGCACUUUUCUAGAUGCCUUCGCGCAGUACCGGCGAAGCCUUGGACUCCUGCUGAUGUAGCAGAAAACUCAAACGUCAUUGGCUGAUGAAAUAAGGCUAAUAUAGGUACCCUGCAUAUGAUAUGAGCUUAUAUGGCACAAGUG